AUGGAAGACAUCACCUACGGGAGCUGGUCCAAGCAACCAAAAGAGCAGAUCGUGCAGCAACUGCAGCAGGCAACCAUGGGGUUUGAGGCUGAGGAGGAGUGGCAUGGGGAGGAGACCGCAACGGCACACGGGGAGGAGGGUGCAGCAGAGCUUCCCGUGAUCAAGGGCGUGGAGCCAACAGGACCCAAACGAAAUCCCCUCCCACAGGUCGUGGUCUCUCACCCAUGA